AUGGCUGCAUCAUUAGCCACUUAUCCACAUGAGGUGGUUCGUACCAGACUACAAAAUCAAACUGUCAAGCCAUUCAAAUACAAAGGUGUUUGGAAUGCAAUUAAAUUGAUUAACCAAGAGGAAGGUUUGAUGGCUUUCUAUAAAGGGAUGUCAACAAAUUUGCUUAGAACCGUUCCUUCUACUUCUAAUGGAACCGCAGACGCUGUCUCGAUAAUGAUUGCUUUGAAUAUUGAAUCAAUGGCAGCAAAUGAAGAAUGUUUUGUGGUUGUAGAGUGUAUUUAUCGUGAAACAUUUAAGAUGAUUGGUGAAAGUGAUUCUGUAAAAAAUGAAGAAGAUGAUUAUGGUAAUGCUGAAUGGCAAACCUUGAAACUUAGUUCUGGUCACAUGUAUCAAAUUGAUAUUCCUUCUUCAUUUAUUGGCAAGGAAUAUCAUUUAUUUUUUAAUUUCCUGAUUAAAGAACAUAAAGCUGUAUCAUUAGGACUUUACAGACUUACUCGACAUGAAGGUGGAUAUCUAAGAUACAUUUAUGUCAAUCCUAAAACCGUUACAAUCCUUAGAAAUGAUGAUAGGAAUUUACAUUACCGAUCUUCUAACAAUAAUGCAAUAUCAUCUUCUGGCUAUGAGAUAAAUAAAUUGGUAGAUAGAAACACACAAUAUGUAAAGAUCGACCAAGACCCGAUACCAUAUCCUCGAAUUUAUCAAAAUGCAGACUUAAUUAUUGCUUGUAUUAUUUUAGUUCAAUAUAUUCCUCACAUUUGGCUUGCAGAUGAACCUCUACAAAGUUUUAUCAGUGUUUAUUCAGUGCUUACUUGGCUAUCAGUGUUUCCAGUGAUUGCAGCCUCUAUUAUAACAAUAUUUGAUGAUGAAAUUGACAAUACUUAUAUGGGAGCUGGAAUUUUGACAUAUAGAGCUUCUAAUGGAACCGCAGACGCUGUCUCGAUAAUGAUUGCUUUGAAUAUUGAAUCAAUGGCAGCAAAUGAAGAAUGUUUUGUGGUUGUAGAGUGUAUUUAUCGUGAAACAUUUAAGAUGAUUGGUGAAAGUGAUUCUGUAAAAAAUGAAGAAGAUGAUUAUGGUACUAUCGUAAAACGUCUUAUAUUCAGUCAUGACCCUGAUAAUAAAAUGUCAACUCCAAAAUUCAAUAAUGCUCAAGAUGAUGAAUGGCAAAGUUUGAAAAUUAGUUCUGGUCACAUGUAUCAAAUUGAUAUUCCUUCUUCAUUUAUUGGAAUAUCAUUUAUUUUUUAA